AUGGCGCCGAAUUGCCUAACAGCUACCGAGCCUAUCCCCAGGACGCUCAAGGGAGGCUCAAUACUCAAUGCCGCCAGCAUAGACGGCGGUAGGCCGAAGCGACGUCAUGCGAUUCCCCGCCCGGCGACCAAAGACAUCGAGCGGAGGUGGCAACUCGAACAGAUGGCCGGCGCAUUUCGCAUAUUCGCCAAGAUGGGUUUCGCGGAUGGCGCAAGUGGACACAUCAGUCUGAGAGAUCCCGUCCAGCCCCACACCUUCUGGAUCAAUCCCUAUGGCGUCCACUUCGCCCUCCUCACCGUCUCUGACAUGGUCCACGUCGAUGAGGAAGGCCAGCGCAUCGGCGGCAACGAUCAGCUCGUUAACGCAGCCGGCUUUGUCAUCCACGCUGCCAUCCACAAGCGUCGUCCCGACAUCCACGCCGUUUGUCACAUGCACAGCCCUUAUGGAAGGGCCUGGUCAACCUUCGGUCGGCCGAUCGACAUGCUUAACCAGGAUAGCUGCAUGUUCUACGAAGACCUGGCCGUGUACGCCAAUUUCGGGGGCGUGGUCUUGGCGAGGGAGGAAGGAGGAAGAUUGGCGGAUGCGUUGGGGCCGAGGAAGAAGAACUUGAUUCUGCAAAAUCAUGGAUUACUGACUUGCGGUGGGACGGUGGCGGAGGCCGCGGCUUUCUUUAUUGCGUUGGAGAGGGCUUGUCAGGCUCAGUUGUUGGUGGAGGCGGCUGUUGCACCGGAUGGCAGUCAGUUGAAGAAGAGGGUGGUCAGUCAUGAGGAGGCGGUGUACACGAAGGAGGGGACGGGCACGCCGGAGAUUAUGUACAUGCAGUUUGAGCCUGAGUAUCGUUUGGUCUUGAGGGAGACAGGUGGGGAUUUCUUGUCGUAA